AUGUACACGUAUGUAUACUUUGGAAGCAUCAACUACCCCGCCUUGGUGCCUCGAUGGCUUUUCCUGAAAGCUUCCUUUGCCUUCUUCGAGGCCCUGUGGGAGGCUGGGGUUACCCAUUGCUUUGUGAAUCUAGGCUCGGACCACCCUUCAAUUCUGGAGGCUAUGGUCAAAGGUCAGAAUGAAAAGAAUGGCCAAUUCCCUAGAAUUGUAACAUGUCCCAAUGAGAUGGUGGCCCUGUCAAUGGCGGAUGGUUACGCCCGACUUACCGGGAAGCCCCAAUGUGUCAUUGUUCACGUCGAUGUCGGGACACAAGGCCUCGGGGCCGCAGUCCACAACGCUUCUUGCGGUAGAGCCCCAGUUCUCAUUUUUGCAGGGCUCUCACCGUAUACUCUCGAAGGAGAAAUGCGCGGAUCCCGCACUGAAUACAUCCACUGGAUUCAGGACGUACCAGAUCAGAAGCAGAUCGUUUCACAAUACUGCCGAUACUCAGCCGAGAUCAAGACCGGAAAGAACAUAAAGCAGAUGGUUAACCGCGCCUUGCAGUUUGCGUGCAGUGACCCAGCAGGCCCGGUUUACCUGUGCGGUGCACGGGAGGUGAUGGAGGAGGAUCUGACUCCAUACCAGCUUGAACAAGCUCAUUGGAAUCCAGUAGAGCCUGCUGCUCUUUCAGAAAACGCCGUAAAAACCAUAUCAGAAGCUUUAGUGGCGGCUAAAGAGCCUUUGGUCAUCACUGGAUAUAGUGGGCGUAAUCAUGCAGCAGUUCCUGCAUUGGUUGAACUUGCAGACACUGUCAAAGGCCUUCGAGUCUUGGAUACUGGCGGGAGUGACAUGUGCUUCCCUGCAGACCAUCGGGCUUGGCUGGGCCUGAGAUAUGGCAUAGAGAAAGCCAUAGAAACUGCAGAUGUAAUACUUGUGAUUGACUGCGAUGUCCCGUGGAUUAACACCCAAUGUCAUCCGUCAAAGUCCGCUAAGAUCUUUCACAUUGACGUUGAUCCAUUGAAGAUCCAAAUCCCAGUGUUCUACCUCGCAGCCCUAUCUCGCUAUCGAGCAGACAGCUACACAUCAAUCACGCAGCUCACGAAGUAUAUCCAAUCAUCUGAGCUCUCCAAACAGCUCUCUGCGGAAGCCUAUUCCCAAAAAUGGGACGCCCUCGCAGUUGCACAUACAAAGCGCCUCGCUGCUAUUGCGGAAGGCGCAAAACCGCUAGAAGACGGAUCGUUCGGUACAGGUCAUCUGUGCCAGGUACUCCGCAAACUCGUACCAAAAGACAGCAUCUUUGCGAUCGAAGCUGUCACAAAUACAGCCUUUGUUGCUGAUAAUAUCCAAGCCACGCUCCCCGGAUCCUGGAUCAACUGCGGAGGUGGAGGUCUUGGAUGGUCGGGUGGCGGAAGCCUUGGAAUCAAGCUGGCAUCGGAAUAUGAGAACGGACCUGGUAAAGGCAAAUUCGUGGUCCAGAUUGUCGGUGACGGAACAUUCCUAUUCUCUGUUCCUGGUAGUGUGUACUGGAUCUCUCAACGAUACAAGAUUCCAGUCCUCACUAUCGUGUUGAACAACAAAGGCUGGAAUGCUCCUAAGAAAUCCCUCUUGCUCGUCCAUCCCGAUGGACUUGGGUCCAAAGCAACGAAUGAAGAAUUGAACAUCUCAUUCGCGCCGGUUCCCGACUAUUCUGGCAUUGCCAAGGCGGCCGCGGGAGGGCAAUUGUUUGCUGCGAAGGUAGCCAAGGCAGCCGAGCUGGAAGGUGUAUUGCAAAAGGCUAUAGAUUCAGUCCUGAAUGGAACAACUGCUGUUAUAGACGCUGUGGUGGUUUCAGGUCGCUAG